CGAACGAGCUCAAUUCGCCGUAUCGAGACACUCGGUGAACUCGGAAACAAACAAAAAUCUAAAAAAAAAGCGCGCGCGACAUCCUCCCACAUCAGCCUACAUUAUUAUACGAGCACGUGUACGGUGUAUCCCCCGCAGCAGUAGUGCGCUGCAGGUACCUACAUACCGGCGCGCGUUUAAAAUUACAAAUCGCGCUGCGGUCGCACAUCGGAGACACUCGACUCUCUCUCUCUCGCACACACGUCGCGCAGAGUCAGAACGAAGUAAGUAGCUCACGAUGCGCCGCCGGAGUCUUUUUUCGGUCCCUCCUCGCCGGUGCUGAUGCAGCGCUGCCAGUAGCAGAGCGCGCGCCGCCUCGGGAGAUUUCGCGAUUUCGAAUUUCCCGGUGGACGCGAUUCUGUCCUCUCCUCUGUAAACAGUGUCGUUGAGUUUACAGUGUCCGCAAGGUUAUACUAGUGCAGGUGGAAUUGUCGAAGGUCCAGGUGCAGAAAUGUCGUUUCGCGUGGUGCGCAGCAGCAAGUUCCGGCACGUCUACGGAACGGCUCUCAAGCGCGAGCAGUGCUAUGACAAUAUCAGGGUGUCCAAGUCCUCCUGGGACUCGACCUUCUGCGCGGUCAAUCCAAAGUUCCUCGCCAUCAUCGUCGAGUCCGCUGGAGGUGGUGCUUUCAUAGUCCUACCACACAAUAAGGUUGGUAGAAUAUCGGCAGACCACCCGCUGGUCGGUGGUCACAAAGGCCCGGUGCUAGAUAUUGCUUGGUGCCCGCACAAUGACAAUGUCAUCGCCUCUGGAUCCGAGGAUUGUGUUGUCAAAGUUUGGCAGAUCCCGGAUGGUGGAAUUUCCAGGACAUUGACCGAAUCCGUGGUGGAUCUGCAACUCCACCAGAGGAGAGUUGGACUGGUUCUGUGGCAUCCUACGGCACUUAAUGUACUACUCACAGCUGGCUCUGAUAAUCUCGUGAUUAUUUGGAAUGUUGGUACUGGAGAGGCUGUUGUCAAAAUUGAUUGCCAUCCGGAUGUAGUUUACUCUGCCUGUUGGAACUGGGAUGGCUCGAGCUUAGUUACUACUUGCAAAGAUAAGAAAAUAAGGAUCAUCGAGCCAAGAACAGGAAAAAUUGUGGAAGAGGCUAUUGCUCACGAAGGUAGCAAAGCCACAAGGGCCAUAUUUUUAAGAGGUGGAUUGAUCUUUACAACAGGGUUCAGUAAAAUGUCAGAAAGGCAGUAUUCUCUGCGAGCCCCAGAUAUGCUUGCAGAGCCAAUUGUCAUGGUGGAACUGGACACUAGCAAUGGAGUGAUGUUUCCUCUCUAUGACCCUGACACAAAUUUAGUUUAUCUCUGUGGCAAGGGAGACUCGGUCAUUCGCUACUUCGAGAUAACUCCUGAACCGCCAUUCGUCCAUUAUAUCAAUACCUUUCAAACGCCAGAUCCUCAAAGAGGAAUUGGUAUGAUGCCUAAGCGCGGCUGUGAUGUUAACAGUUGCGAAAUUUCGCGAUUUUAUCGACUGAAUAACUCUGGCUUCUGUCAAGUCAUAUCUAUGACUGUACCAAGAAAGUCUGAACUGUUUCAAGAAGACUUGUAUCCAGAUACUCCUGGAGACACUGCCGCAAUCACAGCAGAAGACUGGGAAGCUGGUAAGGAUGCUGAGCCUAUCCUUAUUUCACUGAGGGAUGGCUAUCAACCAACCGCGUCGAAAAAUGAUCUUAAAGUUCAUAAGAAAGCUAAUGUGUUAAGUAAAGGAGCUAAAGUAGGUGCCAACUCUACCAGUGGUGGUGGCGCAGCACCGGCGUCGGGUGUUUCUGAGGACAUACUCAAAGAAUUCUCUGAAGAAAUUCGCAAACUCAAAGCCAUGAUCGUCAAGCACGAAGGACGAAUUCGGGUACUGGAGUCUGCUGUGGCGCUACAAAUGAAAGAACAAGACAGAAACGAAAAGUCUUCCUCGCCUGUAGAUAAGGAGUCACUUGCAUCAGAUGAAGUUUGAUCCAGCUAGCGGUUAUAUUUUUAUAUCCUUACCCACGGAAACCAUUUAAUUGUGUAAUAAAUGAAACGUGCGUAUUAUAUUUUGAUAUGAUAGCUGUGUAUAUACUAGGUAACUUAGCAUAGUAGCGUGCUCCAAAAUCAUCGACAGUUAUUUAUUGUACAUCCAGCGUCUUGUAUUUUUUUUUCUUUAGUUCUGUCUUUCUUUUUCUGCUUCUAUUCUCCCCUUAUUCUCUUCAUUCAUCUACAUAUUCACAUUUUUAUAAUCUUUUACAUGAUUUACCAUAAUAAUAUAUCGAAUCACUCAUCGUUACCUGUUAAUAGGAUUUACGUUUAUGUUACAUUUUAGUGUUAUGUUAUUUUUUGAGAUUUUUAUGUACAUGUGCGCGCGCCUUGGAGGAAAAACUUUUCACAAAACAUGAGUGCCUUAAUUUGUACAGAAAAAAUCUACUGUAAAAUAACAAAUCUAACAAGCGAUUGUUCUAUACUGAUUAUACUUGACAUUUGAAGCCCGUUAAAACUGUUGUGAAUUGUCUCAUAAUCAUAUUUUAUACAAUGUGUAAAGAUAUAAAGUUUUACUGUAUUUUUCGAGGUUUUUAAAAGAGAAAUGUUACUCGUUCGAGCUACGUAUAUUUGAUAUAUGGUUGACAAUUCAUGAUGAGAAACAAAAUUUACUCCCUUGUCUCGUUAAAAAUGCAAGAAAAAAUAAAAAUUAUUUUAAAAAA